AUGUCUGGGCCGAUUUUCGGCAUCGUCCCCGCGGGCUUGCCGCUCAUCACUGAACCAACCUCGACGCCGUCCCAGACGUCCUGUCUCUAUGCGCUACCCACCAGCAAGAGCUACUCGCACAUCGUCGUCUUUCUGCUCCCCAAUGUCGCCCUUCCCGCAAACACGGCGGCCGCCAUCUACCUCGCUACUGCCAGCGAGGUCGCCGCAGCCGCUCAGUCCGGUGGCACCCCCAACUUCCGGUUUCUCGGCGGCAUCGGUCCCGGAAAAGAGAGUGCCAUGUUCAAGGUCGGCGGCUCCUCUGCGUCUUCAUCGCCCGAGGCCGGUGGCCUUGUCAUCGGCGUGUCCGUUGAGCCUGCCGACGCCGUUGGCCAACGUCUGCAGGAACUUGCCGCCGGGAAGACCACCGGCGCCGUGGCUUCGGCUGCCCAGCCCUCGACAGCCAUCCUCGCCCAGCGCAUCAUCCAAAAUGCCUUCAACUUCCUGGCCAGCUUCAGCGGCACAGCUGGUCCUGGCGGGGUCGAGGUCGUUCCGUUGAGGGCCUUCGAGGACUGGUGGCGCAAGUUCGAGUCGCGCGUCCGGGCUGAUCCGAGUUUCCUCGAAAGACAGUCAGACUGA